AUGAAUGAGUCACAAUCCACUGAACUGGUUCCCACUUAUCUGCCAGCUGCAAACAGCAGCUCUGGUAGCUCUGUCAGUGUGUCCUUGAACCACUCCUGCCCCCUGGGGUGGCGGCAGAACGAAGGAGUAGAGGCAUGUGUGCUGGAGACAGCGGUCAUCGUUCUUCUGACUGUGCUCAUCAUUGCAGGCAACCUGACGGUGAUCUUUGUGUUCCACUGUGCACCCCUGCUGCACCACUACACCACAAGCUACUUUAUCCAAACCAUGGCGUAUGCCGACCUGCUUGUAGGCCUCAGUUGCCUGGUGCCAGCACUCUCCCUGCUGCAUUAUCCUGCUGGUGUGCAGGAGCCCAUCGCCUGCCAGGCAUUCAGCUAUAUAAUCUCGGUACUGAAGAGUGUAUCCAUGGCCUGCCUGGCCUGCAUCAGUGUGGACCGCUACCUGGCCAUCACCAGGCCACUCUCCUACAACCAGCUAGUGACACCCUGUAGGCUGCGUUGUUGCAUCGUGCUCAUCUGGGUCUACUCCUGCUUGGUGUUCUUGCCCUCCUUCUUCGGCUGGGGCAAACCAGGCUACCACGGAGACAUUUUUGAGUGGUGUGCCCGCUCCUGGCCGACAUCUGCCCUCUUCACUGGGUUUGUCGUGUGCCUGCUGUACGCGCCUGCUGCCCUGGUGGUCUGCUUCACUUACUUCCACAUUUUCCGCAUCUGCCAGCAACACAACAGGGAGAUCAGUGAGCGACGGGCACGUUUCCCCAGCCAAGAGACAGAGACUGGCGAGGGAGGACAUCACACGGGACAUGGCCCAGACAGACGCUACGCUAUGGUGCUGUUCCGCAUCACUAGUGUGUUCUACAUGCUCUGGCUGCCUUACAUUAUCUACUUCCUUUUAGAGAGCUCACAUGUACUGGUCAGUCCCAUACUGUCCUUCAUUACCACUUGGUUGGCCAUCAGCAACAGCUUUUGCAACUGUGUCAUCUACAGCCUGUCCAACAGCGUGUUCCAGCUGGGCAUGCGUCGGCUCUCUCAAACCCUCUGCUCCUCCUGUUCUUGCGCUGCAUGUGCAGAGGAGGCCAAAGACAUUAGAGGUCCAAAGCCUAAAAAGAGGGCCAAUUCUUGUUCUAUUUGAGAGGUUUAGAAAUGAUGACAAUAUACA